AUGAGCGUGAGCAAAUGGAGGCUGAGAACUCCAAGCAAUAGGGGCCAAUCGUUAACCGUUGAGAUUUGGUCUGAAAAGAAGAAGGGGCGAGAAGCACAAAAUAUCUGCGGGUUCGCGGUAGCCAUGGGAAGCACAAGCGCAGCUCUCUUUCCUAAUUUGAAGCUCGUCCAUGGCUGCUGCUCCUAUAAACCCCUCGAGUCCGUUGGAAGGCAGCAGAGGCACCAUCAUCACCGAUUACAAUUAACCUCCCCGUCGGUUGGCCGGGCGGACGAAAGUGUGCGGAGAGGGAGAUUGAGAUGCGGUGUUUCGAGAAGCAGGAGGAGCGUCGGAGAGAGAGCCGUGUGCUUUGCCGCUGUGGAUGAUGGUGUCAGCGGGAAGCAAGAGGAAGCGUCCAGUUCUAGCGGCGGUAUUGCUUCAGUUGUUGAGGACCGGCCUGCUUUUGAUGCAGUUGAGAUCACACAAGUGACCUCCGAUCAAGAAAACAAAGGAGGCGCUAUCUAUGAUUUCCUGUAUCCAGACAAAGAGCUCCUUCCAGACGACAAAGAAAUGAGCUUGUUUGAUCAUCUUGAAGAACUGCGUCAGAGACUAUUUGUGUCAGUGUUGGCUGUUGGAGGUGCUAUUGUGGGAUGCUUUGCAUUUUCAAAAGAACUGGUUAUGAUUCUCGAAGCUCCUGUUAAAACACAGGGUGUACGUUUUUUGCAACUUGCACCUGGAGAGUUCUUUUUCACCACUUUGAAGGUGUCAGGGUACUGCGGCCUACUUCUGGGAAGCCCGGUGAUUCUGUACGAAAUCAUAGCAUUCGUUCUGCCAGGUUUAACAAAAGCCGAAAGAAGGUUCUUGGGGCCAAUUGUGUUAGGGUCAUCAGUACUUUUCUAUGCUGGAAUCGUCUUCUCAUACUUGGUGCUGACGCCAGCAGCCUUAAACUUCUUCGUGAGCUACGCUGAAGGUGCUGUAGAAUCGUUGUGGUCCAUUGAUCAGUACUUUGAGUUUGUCCUUAUCCUCAUGUUCAGCACGGGCUUGUCUUUCCAGGUCCCGGUUAUACAGAUUCUGCUGGGGGGUGUCGGUCUAGUUUCAGGAGACCAGAUGCUCUCGAUCUGGAGAUACGUGGUCGUUGGCGCUGUUGUUGCAGCUGCCAUACUCACACCUUCGACUGAUCCUCUAACUCAGAUGCUCUUAGCCGGGCCACUGCUCGGGUUGUACUUGGGUGGGGCUUGGGUGGUCAAGCUAACCGGUCGCUGAGUAUGAACCGGCCUAGUUUGCCAAAUACAAGGAAGGAUCGGAUGAACGAAAGUGAUAACUAGGAGGGAAAGGCGAGGAAACAGUGCAGUAGCUUGUGUGUAUAUUUGCAGCCAGAAAGUGAAAGGUGAACUAGUAUAUAGGAAUACCACCGGUGACGGUUAGGCAAAUCUGCUUUUCUGCUUUAUAACUUCGUCUCAACAGAAACCAAAAACCGUAUCCUUUCUUUUAUUUGAUAAUACAAUCUUAGCUUUUUUGUUUGCCACUGCAAAUAAUCUCCAACUGUGAAUCGUUACAACGGAUUGGUUCUCCCGUUAUAUGUCUAUUAUAAAUGCCUGUGCCUUUUCCAUUGCAAUCUUUUCAUCAAUGUGCUCAACUAAACGCCUUUGAUCUCCCAGUUUCUUCCUUCCAUCUUCUUCAUGGAUUUCUAGUAUAGUUCAGAUUCGAGACAGGGAAAAAAAAGCAGUUGCUAUUUUCCAAUCUCGAAUCUGAAGUCAAAUUAGUUAGUGGAUUCUAAAUACAACACCAACAACACCGUUUUUUUCCCCCCUUAAAUUUUCUCUCCGUGCCAUGGCCAUUUGUCGCGGGAAAAUCAACACCAUCUCGUUGUCGAUUCUCGUCAUUGCAAUGUCAGUCGUGGUGGCUCCGCCGACAAAUGUGGCUGCCGGGUUAUUGUGGGAGCUGUUUCCGAUGGUGAACGUGACGAUAACCAACAAUGCGACCCACGAGGUGUGGUAUAUGUGCAAUAACAAGGGUCCUCCUCAUGAUAGAUUGUAUAAACUUGGUCUUGGAGGGGUGACCCAGUGGGCGAUUCGGGACAUAGCUUUCCCCUUGGUGUGGUGCUACAUGCACAUCAACGACGGCGUCCAAGGUGUGUUUUGGGCUUUUCUUCCCAAAUAUAGGUGCGACAGGCACUGCGAUUGGUGGGUACAAGAUGAUGGAUUGUAUCUUCAUACUAGAUAUGAUGAUGGGCAGUACAUUUGGCUUUACCAGGACGGAGAAUUCUUCUAAGAAAAAAAAGCUUCCUUGUUCGUUCUUUCUUUCUCUCUCGAUUGUUU